CCCAAUUUGUAUCCGUUGAAAUCCCACUGCAACGCCACCCUUCUCCCCCAUCUUUUUCUUCCGCUUUCAACGCUUCAAAGUUCCAAACUGCAACCAUGUCACUCCACUAUAACUUCCUCUGAACAACCCUAAAUCCUUCUUCACACUCUUCCAGUACAAUAUUCUCACAUCACACCAAUGGCUUCCGGAAAAACCGACUCCACCCCACUCGUGAGCUUGAAGGUCAUCGUCCUCGCCGGAAUUUUCCUCAUCGUUGUGGUGAUAAUCGUGCUCCUGAUCUUCCUCUGCUUCCGCGGAACCUGCAAGAAGAAGCGCAAGUUGCUUGUCAAGCACAGCUCCGGCACUAUCCCACUGGUUUCCAAGGAGAUCGCAGUGGUCAGAGCCUUGGAUCUCGCUCUCAACCAGACGCGGAUUGAGGUUGAAGGUGAUGCUGACGUCAUGGAUCCGAAGAUCAAGGUGGAGGUUGGGAGUUUGGGGAGGAAGAGUGACGCUUCCGGUUGUGGUGGUGGUGGUGGUACGCUGGUGGAGGAUCCUGAUAUAGGGUGGGGAAGGUGGUAUACGCUGAAUGAAGUGGAGCUUGCAACGCGUGGAUUUGCAGAGAGGAAUGUGAUUGGAGAAGGAGGGUAUGGGGUUGUGUACAGAGGAGUUUUGCAAGAUGGUUCUGUGGUGGCUGUCAAGAAUCUUCACAACAACAAGGGACAAGCUGAGAAGGAGUUUAAGGUGGAGGUUGAAGCCAUUGGGAAAGUAAGGCAUAAGAAUCUGGUUCGUUUAGUCGGAUAUUGUGCAGAAGGAGCUCGAAGGAUGCUUGUUUAUGAAUAUGUUGACAAUGGAAAUUUGGAGCAGUGGCUGCAUGGUGAUGUAGGACCUGUUAGCCCCUUAACAUGGGAUGUCCGAAUGAAGAUUGCGCUUGGGACUGCAAAAGGGCUGGCCUAUUUGCAUGAAGGCUUAGAACCCAAAGUUGUGCACCGAGAUGUAAAAUCCAGUAACAUUCUUUUAGAUAAAAAGUGGAAUGCUAAAGUAUCAGAUUUUGGACUUGCCAAGCUCUUAGGAUCUGAGAAAAGCCAUGUAACUACUCGUGUAAUGGGAACAUUUGGAUAUGUUUCACCUGAGUACGCAAGCACGGGGAUGCUGAAUGAGCGCAGCGAUGUGUAUAGCUUUGGAGUUCUACUCAUGGAGAUAAUUACAGGAAGAAGCCCCAUUGAUUAUUCAAGAGCACCUGCAGAGAUGAAUUUGGUUGAUUGGUUCAAAGCAAUGGUAGCAAGUCGCCGCAGUGAUGAACUAGUUGAUCCUUUGAUUGAGAUUAAGCCCUCUCCACGAUCUCUGAAGAGAGCUCUACUGGUUUGUCUGCGUUGUAUAGACUUGGAUGUCAUUAAGCGGCCGAAAAUGGGUCAAAUUGUUCAUAUGCUUGAGUCAGAUGAUUUCCCCUUUCGUUCUGAGCUGCGUACAAUUAGGGACAAAGAUCAUGUGCCUUCUCAUGCAGAUGUUUCCAUGAAAGUUCCACCAAAGGAUGCAGAAUCAACACGAAGAUGAUUGUUUUUAAUUGGUCAUGCAACUAUAGUAUUCGAGUUUUUUGUUCUUAUGAUUUUCGUUAUGAUAUGAACAAGUUAUGAGUCAUUGUGCAUAGCUUACACAGCCUAGUAGUUACUUCCUUCAGUGUCUUUUUACACCAUUUGUAAUAGCAUUGUCAUGGGAAAUGGGAAGGAAGAGGUGAGGCUUGUAAAUAUGAAUUCUCUAUAUAGCAAUUUUAUCUGCUGUCUACAUGUUGACAUA